AUGGGAUACAGAGGAAAAGAUCUCCUUUUUGCUUACUAUAAAUCCGUCCUCCAAACGAGAUAUAUGAAUAUGCGCGCUUCUGUAGCUGGGGAUAACUUCAACAGCAAAUCCACGGAGAACUUAUUGGUAUCAGUAAAGGAUUAUGAAGAGGAGGCUAGGAGAAAGUUAUCACAAUAUGAUUGGGGCUAUUAUGCUGCUGGAGCAAUCGGAGGAGAAACAAUAAAAGAAAACUGUGAAGCAUUUAAAAGGGAAAUUACCGAUUCAGGAUCCGCAGAAUCACAUGGCGUAGGAAUGACAGUAAGUGUAUUGAGUAGUAAAACAAUGGAAGAAAUCGCAACUGAAGUGCCAAACUGCAUAAAAUGGUGCCAAGUUCAAUUAACCAAGAAUCGUGUUGUAACAAAACAUUAUGUAAGAAGAGCUGAGCAAAAUGGAUUUAAAGGAUUCAUUGCAACUGUCGAUCACACGGUUAAUAGACAUCGUGAUUACAGAUACGAAGACGGGAAACCAUUUGAUUUUGAAACAUCUAUUAUUGUGGAACCCAAUAAACUGGCUUUUGAUGCGUUGGAAUCUUGGAUGGAUGGAAGUGUUGAAUGGGACAGUAUCGACUGGUUGAAAGGAUUAACCAAGUUACCUGUAGUGGUUAAAGGAAUUAUGACAGCGGAAAUGGCCCUUAUAGCUGUUGAACACAAAGUUGACGGAAUCAUUGUCUCAAACCAUGGCGGAAGAAUAUUAGAUAGUACAUUUGCGACAAUAGACGUUCUUCCAGAAGUAGUUAAAGCCGUGAAUGGCAAAGUUGAUGUUUAUUUUGACGGAGGAAUCCGUAACGGGACAGAUGUAGCAAAAGCAAUCGCUCUUGGAGCAAAGGCGGUAUUUGUUGGAAGACCCAUACUCUGGGGACUAGCAUGCGAGGGCGAAGAAGGUGUACGAAAUGUUCUGGAAAUUCUCAAAAACGAAUUUAUCUAUACCAUGAAAUUUCUUGGAGUUUCUACAAUAAAAGAAUUGCAAACAACACCAGACGUAGUGGUUCACGAAACAAGAUAUUUCUCGAAGCUUUGAAGGAAAUUGUUUCAGAUCAAAACUUAAUGAUAUAUAG